UUCUCACUCUCAGCUCUCUCUCUCUCUCUCUCUCUCAGAGUCGCCACCCGCGCUCUAAUUCGAAACCGAUUUCGAUGGCGAUGAUGACGUGGAGCAGCGCCCGCGACAUAGUGCUCGACUCGGAUGAUGUACCUUUCGGGACGGGCGAGUGGUACCUCUACGCCGGAAUCUCUUGCCUGCUGGUCUUGUUCGCCGGAAUCAUGUCCGGACUUACGCUCGGACUGAUGUCGCUCAAUCUCGUCGACCUUGAGAUUCUGCAGCGGAGCGGCUCACCCGAUCAGAAAAAGCAAGCCGCUGCGAUUCUACCUGUGGUGAAAAAGCAGCACCAUCUUUUGGUCACUCUACUUCUCUGCAAUGCUUGUGCUAUGGAGGCUCUUCCUUUAUACCUUGAUGAAAUAUUUCACCCUGCCAUUGCGGUUUUGCUGUCUGUAACAUUUGUUUUGAUUUUCGGAGAGAUAAUUCCGCAAGCUGUAUGCUCAAGAUAUGGGCUAUCUGUUGGUGCGAAUUUCGUUUGGCUUGUUCGCAUUUUGAUGAUCAUCUGCUAUCCGAUUGCUUACCCAAUUGGAAAGUUUCUGGAUCUUGUACUCGGACAUGGAGAUGAAAUGUUCAGGCGAGCACAGUUGAAAGCACUUGUCUCUAUUCAUGGCCUUGAGGCUGGAAAGGGAGGUGAACUAACACAUGAUGAGACAACGAUCAUCAGUGGAGCGCUGGAUUUAACUGAAAAGACUGCCGAGGAGGCUAUGACACCUAUUGAAUCAACAUUUUCCUUGGAUGUUAAUUCAAAGUUAGACUGGGAAGCAAUGGGGAAAAUUCUUGCACGUGGUCAUAGUAGAGUGCCUGUCUAUUCUGGAAAUCCCAAAAAAAUAAUUGGCCUCUUGCUGGUGAAAAGUCUCCUCACAGUACGAGCAGAAACAGAGACUCCAGUUAGUGCAGUUUCCAUUCGUAGAAUGCCUAGGGUCCCAGCCGAUAUGCCUUUGUACGAUAUACUUAAUGAGUUUCAGAAAGGAAGCAGUCACUUGGCUGCUGUAGUGAAGAUCAAAGGAAAAACCAAAACUUCUCCGGUUACUACAGAUAGAGAGAAAUUUGAGGAGGUCAGAGUAACUAAUGGAUGUGUUACCAUUGAUGUCGAUAAACGUCCCAAGUCUCUGACCAACAUGCCAACUGUUCAAGAAAACAACGCUACAACAAAUGGCAUUUCAAAUUUAUCAGAUGAUAUUGAAGAUGGGGAGGUGAUUGGAAUCAUAACCCUUGAGGAUGUUUUUGAAGAACUUCUGCAAGAGGAAAUUGUUGACGAGACAGAUGUAUAUAUCGAUGUACAUAAGAGGAUUCGUGUGGCUGCAGCUGCAGCUGCUUCAUCCAUGUCAAGAGCUCAGUCAAGUCAGAAGUUGAUUCAAAAGCAGGCUGGAGCUUCAAAUAAGCAGGGACAUACCCCAAAAAAGUCUGGGGAGGAUGAUGGAUCAACAAGGUUUUCUGGGAGUCCACGGGAGCCUCUUCUUGGCGUUACAAGAUCAUAGUUGGGAUAGAAGGCUGCCUCACUGCUUCCGUCCUUUGAAUUCUCAUGUCCUAUAGGUUGUGGCCAGUGCCCCGUGGGGCAUUUGUACCCUUUUUGUACAUCAAUCAUACAUAAAACUAUAAGCUAGGGUUUUGUAGAUGCUAGUGCUUGAAGGUAGUUGGAUCUAAUUUUGUUGAUCUAUUAAAAUUCUGAAAGCUGAUGUAUUAGAAGAA